AUGGCAAUCGAAUGUUUGGAAAUGUUCCAUGGAAUCGAUCGAACUGCAUUCAGGAUGCUAUCACAAGUCCUUCACCGUGAAGUUAAACAGUCCUUGAUGGUCAUGGCAUUUCUUCUGUCAAUGGAGAGCAUGGGACUGAGUGGUAUUGUGCAAACAACCAUAAAAAAGGAAGGCUGGUUUAUGAACAGUCUUGCCGAGAAUUGUGUCAUUUGUUUGCAAUGCCUACUAUCUCCAGAGUUCUCAGGGGUUGUGGAGAAAUCCAGAAAACUCGAAACCCUCGGACACGCAUUGAAAACUGAGCUCACCUUAUACCAGGUUCAUAGGAUAAGAUCCGUCCUCCUAAUGAUAAUUCCCGAUACCCUCUCAAACAUUUGCUCUAGAAUUCUAGGCGACAUAACAAUGGAUGCCGUGUGGUUGGAGUAUCAGAGGAAUCCUAAAAGACUAUUGGGUUUCAACACACAGGACCAGUGCAUAUCAGUUGCACCAGAGGAAUUCAGUAGACAUAACAAUGGCCGAAGAAUGCAUAUGCAACAAGGAGAAAGGCAAAUUGAGCAAGAUAAGGGAAAGCAGAAGUACGUCUGCAAGGAGCUAGAUGACACUGAACGUCCAAAGACACUGACCGUAUGCUUCGGUCGAGAGUCUAUGCCCACUGCAGAUGGCAUUGCUGAGUUUUUCAUGCCUCGGAGGAACAGACUCGGGUGA